AAGCCAACAAAAGGAAGAGGAAACCAUCCCAAUUGCGUGGUGUGCUCCUUUGGAUCUUGCAGACCUCCAUUAAACAUUCUUGCCAAGCUCCAACAAUGGCUGCCGCGAGAUCUGCCCCCUUUCCUCUCGCAUUGAUCUGCCUCCACUGCUUGUUCGCGCUUUGCAUCCACGUACCUUCCGCUUCCUCGCUUGAAUUCAGCUUCAACUUUUCCAAGACCGGAGACCCCUGCGGCGGCGAGCUCGUGUGCACGGGCGAAGCGUACUUCGCCAGCUCCAUGAUUGAGCUGACAAGAAACGACAAGAACAACAACGACGGAGAAGGCCGGGUGUGGCACACGACACCGGUGCCGCUCUGGAACUCCGUCACCGGCGAGGUAGCAAGCUUCACCACGGCAUUCUCCUUUAUGGUCACGGCGGACCCAGGCUGCAAGAUCUGGGGCGAUGGUAUUGCCUUCUUCCUCGCUCAUUACUCGUCCGACAGCAUCCUGGAAAAAAAUACAAGCGGCGGGCUCCUCGGCCUUUUCAACGACAGCAACAACUUCAACGUGACGGGUGAUAAUCAGGUCGUCUCUAUCGAGUUCGACACAUUCCAUAACGAGGAAUGGGACACAAGCAGCCAGCACGUCGGCAUCCACGUCAACUCAGUCAAGUCGACGGCGUUGGCGUCCAUGGACACGAGCUUGCCGGGAAUCAAGAGCCUCACAUCCGAUUCCGCAAUGACCGCCGUGGUGCAUUACGACAAUGGGGCGAAGUCGUUAACUGUCGAUCUUCAAGCCAACGGCGACACUAAUUGGUACCACAUCAACGCGACUGUUGACCUGAGGACAAGCUUGCCAGAGGAGGUGGCCGUCGGUUUCUCUGCAGCGACGGGCAUGGCGGGCGAGCUGCACCGGAUACUGUCAUGGUCGUUCAAUUCGACGCUUGAAAAGACAGCGGCUUCGAUAGCCGCACUACCUGCACCAGCAUUUCAACCACCUCCCGCUGUGGCUCCAUCCGAUCUGAUUCCACCCGUCAAAUCGGAGCCCUCCACGAACAUACUAUUCGAGGUACUAGUUCCUAUACUUGCUGUGUCGGUUGCUGCAAUUCCGGGUCUUCUUCUAUGGCUGCGGCACAAGCGCAGAAGAAACGUCCAACCAAACCAAGCAACCAACAAUGGCAUUGAGCCCAACGAGGAACACGACGAGGCUGACUUCGAGAGAGGGGUGGCCAGGCCGAGGCGGUACCACUACCGCGAGCUUGCCACCGCUACUGGUGACUUCGCGGACAAAAAUAUGCUCGGGCGAGGAGGUUUCGGCAGCGUGUACCAAGGCCGCCUCCAGAGCGAUGUCAACUAUGGCCAACAGGUGGCCAUCAAGAAGUUUUCAGCAGAGUCGUCUCAGGGCAGGAGGGAGUUCGAGGCCGAGGUCAGGAUCAUAAGCCGGCUGAGGCAUCGCAACCUUGUGCAGCUGUUAGGCUGGUGUGAUAGCCCCAAAGGGCUCUUGCUUGUCUACGAACUUGUUCCAGAAGGGAGCCUAGAUAAACACAUCCAUGACAACAAGAGGUUGUUAACUUGGUCCGAGAGGUACAAGAUCAUACUGGGAUUAGGGUCAGCGUUGCGUUACCUGCACCAAGAAUGGGAGCAAUGUGUCGUGCACGGUGACAUCAAGCCGAGCAACAUAAUGCUCGACUCGUCUUACAACGCCAAGCUGGGAGACUUCGGGCUCGCCCGGCUCGUAGACCACGGGACUGGCCUUCGGACGACGAUGCACGUUCUAGGAACCGCCGGGUACAUCGACCCUGAGUUCGUCAACACACGCCGGCCGAGUACCGAAUCGGACGUCUACAGCUUCGGCAUCGUCCUGCUCGAGAUAGUCUCCGGCCGGCCGCCGGUGUUCCUGCCAGAAGGCGAGGCACCCUUCCUACUGCUGAAGUGGGUGCGGAGCCUGUACAGCCAGGGUGCGACCCUCGACGCGGUGGACCCGCGGCUGCGGGGUGACGAGGACGACGAGCGGCAGAUGGAGCGAGCACUGGUCGUGGGGCUCUGGUGCGCGCGCCACGACCCGGCCGAGCGGCCCUCCAUCGCGCAGGCCAUGCUCGUCCUGCAGUCGGAGGACACGAGGCUGCCCGCGAUCUCGCCGCAGAUGUCCAAACUAGCGGCGAUGCCCAGCGUUCUCUCCGUGCCCGAGCGCCGUGUCUCCGGCAGCUCUUUCUCCAGCGGCGUCCGCUCUUCAACGACUACCAGCACGACGACGCGUUCUUCGGAAUCGUUUGCAACUGAUCGGACCUAUCCCAGGCCCGUUCCAUGGUAAUUGUGGUGAGAUUUCAAAAUAUAAUACUAAAAUUCACGCGUCUUUCAGAAUUUAACACUUAUAUCAUAAUGGUAUGUGAGGUUCACUCUGGGUAAGUGACAUGUGUGGUAAAAUGUUAAAUUCUGAAAACCCCAUGAAUUUAGUGUUAUAUUUUAAAAUUUUCCAGUAACAUACCUGUGUGAUACCCUGCAUUCUAGUGAACCGGUGAUUUAUUUGUGUGUUGUCUGCGUAUUUCCGUUGAAUUAUCAUUCCAUGUUUGCCAUUUAGGUGUUAGUUUUACAAUCAUGUAUUUAAACCAUUAAAUUUAUUUACAAGUCUGUCCAAGUGAUUUUAACUCUCCAAUUUGAGUAUUGAGUUCUGCGUGAGUUGUAAAACAAAAGUUUGUUCUUAUAGUAUUGCUUUCAAAGUCAAUAAA